CACGCUGUGUGAAGGUCUCGGGGCGUGGUGAUCGCAUUUACGUGGAAUUCCCCAAAUAACAUAGAUUAGCAACGGAUUCUGUGUUGAUUUCGCUGUUGGUAGGAAUAGCAAUGGUAUUUUAGGCAAUAAAGAUGACACAGCCAUACCUUCUCGCCCUUGCUGCUUGCACGGUGUCCAUCCUCUCGACGCCAGCAUGGGCUAUCCUCCUGGGCCGGACGCUGAGUGGAGCCUGUGCGAAGACCUGCGACUAUGAAUACGAACCUCUGUGUGCUAACAACGGCUUCACGUACCCCAACUUCUGCCUUUAUUCCGUCGAGGCUUGCAAGAAUACCUCCCUCGCCAUCGUCAGGAACCGACCUUGUACCCUACCAGACCCCUGCCUGUACGUAUGCCCGAGGGAUAGUGACCCUGUCUGUGGGAAUAACGGCCUUACGUACCCCAACCCUUGCGUCCUGAUGUUCAAUGCCUGCUUCUAUGCGAAUCAGGGCAUCAGAUCGCGGCAUAAGGGAGCGUGUGUCGUGGACCAGAACCGCCGCAUCCGCCCUCCGUGUCCGAAAUUCUGCACGCGCAUCUACGAGCCCGUGUGUGGGAGUGACGGAAGGACGUAUGCGAACGCCUGUCGUCUGGAGUCCGUGACCUGCCGCGACCCGUUCAUUGUGAAGGAGAAAGAUGGCGUGUGUGACCAGGAAGUCCCCCCACCCCCCACCCCCCCACGAUGCCCUGUCGGAUGCACCCGCGAGUACCUCCCCGUCUGCGCGAGCGACGGCGAGACAUACAAUAACAUGUGUCUCCUCAACAUGACGGCUUGUAGGGACCCGAACGUGUUCGUUGUGUCGGCAGGACCUUGUGAAAACCCCGAAGAAGGCCAGACUAUCCCCAGAUCUCCCCAAUGUCCCCAAGGAUGCACUCGCGAGUACCUCCCUGUCUGCGCGAGUGACGGGAGGACGUAUAAUAACAUGUGUCUCUUCGAUAUGGCAGCCUGCAAAGACCCGUCGUUGAAAGUCGUAUUCGAGGGACGCUGUGACGGAGGGGCAUUGUUUGACCUCUUUCCCCUGACGAGAGUAAGAAAACAUAGUCGCUUGCCUCAUAAACCCGGGACAUCGGAGCUAUGGUGGUUUCGGGAGAUUUUGUCCUUGAGAAAUGUAAACAACAGCACGCAUUCACCGCUGAUGAAGAAUCGGACACAUGCAACGAAAUCUGCCCCUUUGACUUCGCCCCCGUGUGUGGAAAUGACGGAAUCACUUACACCAAUGAGUGCACGCUCCAGUUAGCCAUAUGUAGGGACCCUUCUAUCAAACCUGCUUUCCUCGGACCCUGCUAAAGAGAAGUAAAAAGGCCAACUGAAAUUUGUAUAGAAUAUCCAAGGCAGUUAUUACUUCGUCAUCGUCAUCGCCACGAACUGGUUUCACACGAGAGGAAAAUCAUUUGAAUAAUUCAUAGAGAUCGAAGGAAGAAAUUAAAUGGUAAAGAUAGAUUAAUUAAUUCGUGGGUCACAGUCGGUGAAAUUCGAAUGUAAUUAUUUGUUAUAUUUUGUCCUGUUUCGUUGUAUUUUUUUAGACAAAAGUUUUUUUUUUCGGUUUUCCUUAUAUCUUUGUAAGGUAAAAAGAAUAUGUAAGUUGAAAUUUAGUGAGAAAAAAAUCAGUUUAAAGAUCAAACUCAAAUAUUUAUAAUCAUGAAAAAAAUAUCUGUUAAAUAUCACACUCAAAAAAUUAUUUAUAUCACAUAUUUCGUUGUCUGUAAUAUGAGCAAAGGUUAUAAUAUUCAAUAUUAAAAAAAUAAAAAAAUGAAAAAGACAUUGAUCAGAAUUCAUCUUAAUGAUUUAAUUAAUGUUAUAAUUAGUAUUUCUUUCGUUUCAAGUACAGACAAAUGUAUCCAAUUAAGUCUUUCAAUAUAACACUAAAAAUAAAGGAUAUGUAAUUUCUUUACCGAUUUACAGCAUUUUAUAAGGUAACUAAAACAUAUGUAAACGUAGGUGUCUAUAGCUUUCAUAAUGUUCACAAUAGAACGGACAAAGUUAAUGUUUGUACACGAAACAUUCAAAAUCUGAUCGAAAUAUAACGAAUUGUAUGAGUGAAGUUAAUAACGAUUUUCUGAAAGUUAUGGGUAAAUUUUGGAAAUGACACCCAACACCGGGUGAAAAGUUUUUUUUGUCUUUUUUCUGAAAGUUUUUUUUAUUUUUCUGAAAGAAUCUAGGACUCAUAUCUUUUGCAAAUGAAGUAUACCCGCGAUACCCGCCCCGUUAUCUGGCGAGAGCAUGAUCAGUAGCAGGGAAAUUGUCAAACUUUUCCCAAAUCUAUUUAUUGCGAAACACAUUCGUAGUAAACAGUGGGACUACAAAAAAAA